AUGGAGGCGCUGCUAUGGGAGCUUGUCUUCCUCGUUGCUGCUGGUGUCGCGGUGAGGCUUUUGAUCCUCCAAGGUGUCGCCGGCGAGGUCUCCUUCUUCGGCCGCUUUUUGCUUUUGGUCCUCCGUGGCGAGUCCACCGAGGUGUUCUUCGUGAUCUGCCCCAUAUGCCUUAUGUGUAUAAGGCAAGGUCAUCUGGAGUGUCUUUUGGAGUUUCUCGACUUUACAGAUGAAAAGAAGACAUGGACUCGACUAUACAAAGUCCCCCCAGGUAGCCGUAAGCGGAAAUCAAGUGAGAGUAGGAUGAUCAUGAUCAGACCUACCUUUCCACAGUGGUAUCUAGAGCAUGAAAAACCUGACCAGCUCCCAGAGGCUAGUGUUGUAGCGAUUGUCAGCACUCCAUGGAAAGUAGGUGACCUGAUUGAGUGGUGGUAUACUGAUUGUUACUGGACCGGAAAAAUUAUUGAGUUACUUGGUGAUGACAAAGUUAAGAUAGCUUUGCAUGAAGAGCCACUUGGUGAAGGUGGAUACUAUGAUGCUGAUUGUAAGGAUCUGAGGCCAGCCCUUGAUUGGUCCCUUGAAAAAGGUUGGAGUGUGCCUCUUUCACAGGUAAUUAUUACACAAUGAAGUGCGCUUGGUACAUAUUUUUUUGUAAUUUUGUCAUAUAAACAGAAGUAGUAUAGAGAAGAUUGGGUUUUUACAUUAGAAGUUUGAUUUCACACAUUCUUGAACAUCAU